CCAGACACUCCUGCAGGUAACACAGCCCACACAAUGCAAAUUGCACAAUGGAAUAUGAAGUGGGGAGAGAACAUGAGGAUUACGCAUGAAACAGGUUACCUGCUGAAGCCAGGAAUGGCGACCAUAUGUUCAGGGGAAUGUUUCGCAUGUGGAACGCAUGGACAU